CCACUCAGAAUAUCAAUCCAUUCACGACACUCAACAAAGAUGCAAUUUAAUAUGGGAGCCGUUUUUCUGGCGCUGCUGGGUCUGCUUGCUGUUGGGCCACUCACGUCUUCCGAGGCACGCCAUCGGCAGGGACCCAUCUUCGAUACGAGGCCGUCGCCCUUCAAUCCCAAUCCGCCCAGGAGAGGAACCUUAUAAGGAUCGACCGUGUUGUUGCUGCUGCUGCUCCUGAUGUCGUUAACACAUUUAAUAAUUAAUUUAAUGCAAUUAAAGAAAACUGAACAUCAAAGGCAUGGAAAC